CACCCGCAGCAGUCAGUUGCGCUCGAGAUGUGGAGGACAGCGUUUGUGGCGCUGUUAGCGCUAUGGGAGAUUUCUAUUGCCUCACCUGUUCAAUUGGGAACAGAUGAUGAAUAUGACUUCAAGAUGUGGAUGUCCCAGUACAACAAACAGUAUGACAUGACUGAGUAUCACCAUCGCCUGAAGAUAUUUGCUGAAAACAAGAGGAUGAUUGAAAAACACAAUGCAGGGAAUCAUACCUUCACAAUGGGACUCAACCAGUUCUCUGACCUGACCUUUGCUGAGUUCAAGAGGUCCUUCCUCUUAAAUGAACCACAGAAUUGCUCUGCCACGGUUGGUAACCACGUGAAAGGACAUCGCCACUACCCUGACUCUAUUGACUGGAGGAAGAAGGGGAAUUUCGUGACACCAGUCAAAAACCAGGGUGGUUGUGGAAGCUGUUGGACUUUCUCCACCACAGGCUGUCUGGAGUCAGUGACCGCCAUUUCCACAGGAAAACUUCUGGAUCUGUCAGAGCAGCAGCUGGUGGACUGUGCCCAGGCCUUCAACAACCAUGGAUGUAGCGGGGGUCUCCCAAGUCAAGCCUUUGAGUACAUCAUGUAUAAUAAAGGACUGAUGACCGAACAGGACUACCCUUAUCUGGGCUUUGAUGAUGACUGCUCAUUUGAUGCGAAAAAGGCAGCUGCGUUUGUGAAGGAUGUGGUCAACAUAACAAAGUAUGACGAGAUGGACAUGGUGGAUGCAGUGGCCAACCACAACCCUAUCAGCUUUGCCUAUGAGGUCACUAAUGACUUUAUGCACUACCAAAAGGGCGUUUACACAAGCACCAAGUGUCACAACACCACAGACAUGGUGAAUCAUGCGGUGCUGGCAGUGGGCUAUGGUACAGAGAAUGAACUUCCUUACUGGAUCGUCAAGAACUCCUGGGGUGUCCGAUGGGGAAUGGAGGGGUACUUCUACAUCGAACGUGGGAAGAAUAUGUGUGGGCUGGCAGGUUGUUCUUCCUACCCUGUGGUGUGAAAGAAUGAAAGUAAAACCAAGAGGAAGAGAACUUAUGAAAGGGAAGAUAUUGUUUUGCUGAUCCCAUAUGCCCUUUCAUUUUUACUUACUGAUGAUUGUGAUUUGAAUGCCUGGCCUGCAGCAUUGUUAAUAUUGACUGUUAAUUAAAGAAUAGCAAGAGUCAAAAUAUA